GAAUCCCGCAGGUGUCUUAACGGAUGCUGCUGCUGCAACAAUCAACCUGCAAUUCAUGUGAUGAGUUUCACCUGCCGCCACCUCUCACCAAACCCGUGCAAGGGGGCUGUUUUUGCCCACGGUGGGGGGUGCAUCCUGGUAAAUUAGUGCCAGGAAAGGUGAGGAAGACUUUGGCAGGUUUUCCUGUGGUUGGCACCACCUACCCUCUUGGGAAAGACCAAGGCAAGGUGGAGCUUUUCUCUUUUCGAGAUAGGGGAAGGUGCUAGGAGAGUGUCAAGUUUUGUGCCCCUGGGCUGGUCCCUAUUAGCUGCACUUUGCUCCUUCGCCUAGUAGAACAACGUGACCUAGAGGUGGCAGGUAAGGGGGGCAGGGCUGCUUGGUCCCGUUAUCUCCUCCCCUGCCUCAAGCUGGGGAAGAAUUGGACGAGGGGAGCGAAGAAGGAGAGAAGAGCCGCUUGUUCUAAGCCAGCUGCUACCCCCGGUCUCUUGGCAACGUAAUUACCAGCGCAACCUGUGCUGCUGUGGUAGCUGGCGUGCGACAGGAACGCCGAGCGGGGCACGGCUCUUCCAGCCCCGGCCCGGCCCCUGCUGCAGACCCCGCCGCCGCGGUGCCCGGGAGCUGCAGCUCCGCGCCUCCAGGGGAGCGUCCCGGGAAAGGCGCGCGGAGCGAGCGAGGGCGGCCGCGGAGAGAGCGCGCCCAGCCGCGCCCGCGAGGGGGAGGGCGGCGCCCCGGCCCAGCCGCGCCGCGGCGGGAGAGCAAACUUGACUCGAAGAUGGGGAAGAAGUGGAAGAGCCCGAGUGAGGUGGAGAAAGGCUGCUCGGAGCAGCCGGCGGAAGCGGGCAGGAGACGGAGCAGGAGCGCCAGCCGGGGGAGGUUUGCUGAGUCCUGGAAGAGGCUAAGCUCGAGGCAGGGUUCCACCAAGCGGGCCGGGCUCGCCUCCCAGCAGGCGCCGGCUCAGAAAUCAUGGAUAGAGAGAGCAUUUUACAAGAGAGAAUGUGUUCAUAUCAUACCCAGCACCAAAGACCCCCAUAGGUGUUGCUGUGGGCGUCUAAUAGGUCAACAUGUUGGACUGACUCCAAGUAUCUCCAUUAUUCAGAAUGAGAAAAAUGAAAGCAGACUCACUCGAAAUGACAACCAGUCAGAGAAGUGGUCCAUCAGCAAGCACACUCAGCUCAGCCCAACUGAUGCCUUUGGGACCAUUGAGUUUCAAGGAGGGGGUCACUCCAAUAAAGCCAUGUAUGUACGUGUGUCUUUUGACACAAAGCCUGAUCUUCUUCUACACCUGAUGACAAAAGAAUGGCAGCUUGAGCUCCCCAAGCUUCUCAUCUCUGUGCAUGGAGGCCUUCAGAAUUUUGAACUUCAGCCAAAACUCAAGCAAGUCUUUGGGAAAGGUCUGAUUAAAGCUGCCAUGACAACUGGAGCAUGGAUAUUCACUGGAGGAGUAAACACAGGAGUCAUUCGGCAUGUUGGAGAUGCAUUAAAGGAUCAUGCCUCAAAAUCCCGAGGGAAGAUCUGUACCAUUGGUAUAGCCCCCUGGGGAAUUGUAGAGAACCAAGAGGACCUGAUUGGCAAAGAUGUGGUCCGACCGUACCAGACAAUGUCCAAUCCUAUGAGUAAACUGACAGUACUCAAUAGUAUGCACUCCCAUUUUAUUCUGGCUGACAAUGGGACUACUGGCAAAUAUGGAGCAGAAGUGAAACUUCGUAGACAGCUGGAAAAGCACAUCUCACUUCAGAAGAUAAACACAAGAAUUGGGCAAGGGGUUCCAGUGGUGGCACUUAUUGUGGAAGGAGGGCCCAAUGUUAUCUCUAUUGUCUUGGAGUACCUACGAGACACUCCACCUGUUCCUGUUGUGGUAUGUGAUGGCAGCGGCCGGGCGUCUGACAUCCUUGCAUUUGGUCACAAAUAUUCAGAAGAAGGAGGACUUAUCAAUGAGUCUUUGAGGGACCAGUUACUAGUUACUAUCCAGAAGACUUUUACCUACACUCGAACCCAGGCACAGCACCUCUUCAUAAUCCUCAUGGAGUGCAUGAAGAAGAAGGAGCUGAUUACAGUAUUUCGCAUGGGAUCGGAAGGACACCAGGACAUUGAUUUAGCUAUCCUGACAGCUUUACUAAAAGGAGCUAAUGCGUCUGCUCCAGACCAACUGAGCCUAGCUUUGGCCUGGAACAGAGUAGACAUCGCUCGCAGUCAGAUCUUUAUUUAUGGGCAACAGUGGCCGGUGGGAUCCCUUGAGCAGGCAAUGCUAGAUGCCCUGGUGUUGGACAGAGUGGAUUUUGUGAAAUUGCUCAUUGAGAAUGGAGUAAGCAUGCAUCGGUUUCUCACCCUCUCCCGACUAGAGGAACUGUACAAUACGAGACAUGGACCAUCCAACACUUUGUAUCAUCUAGUGAGGGACGUCAAAAAGCGAGAAUAUCCAGGUUUCGGUUGGAUCUAUUUUAAGGGUAACCUACCUCCGGAUUACAGGAUAAGUCUGAUUGAUAUUGGCCUGGUAAUUGAGUACCUGAUGGGAGGAGCUUAUCGUUGCAACUACACCCGAAAACGGUUCAGAACCCUCUACCACAAUUUAUUUGGACCCAAGAGGCCAAAAGCCCUGAAACUUCUGGGAAUGGAGGAUGACGUCCCUUUGCGAAGAGGAAGGAAGACCACAAAGAAACGAGAAGAAGAAGUGGAUAUUGAUUUGGAUGACCCUGAGAUUAACCAUUUCCCUUUCCCCUUCCAUGAGCUGAUGGUGUGGGCUGUGCUGAUGAAGCGUCAGAAGAUGGCCCUGUUUUUCUGGCAGCAUGGGGAGGAGGCUAUGGCAAAGGCUCUGGUGGCUUGUAAACUCUGCAAAGCCAUGGCCCACGAGGCAUCAGAAAAUGACAUGGUGGAUGACAUAUCCCAGGAGCUGAACCACAACUCCAGGGAUUUUGGCCAGCUGGCGGUGGAGCUGUUGGACCAAUCGUACAAGCAGGAUGAGCAGCUGGCAAUGAAACUGCUGACCUACGAGCUGAAGAACUGGAGUAACGCCACGUGCCUGCAGCUUGCGGUGGCAGCCAAGCACCGAGAUUUCAUUGCUCACACUUGCAGCCAAAUGCUGCUCACAGACAUGUGGAUGGGCCGGCUCCGGAUGCGCAAAAAUUCAGGUCUAAAGGUAAUUCUAGGAAUUCUACUUCCUCCUUCAAUUCUCAGCUUGGAGUUCAAGAACAAAGAUGACAUGCCUUACAUGUCUCAGGCCCAUGAGAUCCAUCUACAAGAGAAGGAGCCAGAGGAAGCAGAAAAACCUGUAAAGGAAAAGGAAGAGGAGGACAUGGAACUCACAGCAAACAGCAGGCGCUGCCCCCAGGACCCCAUCUGCAGGCAGGCAGAAGGACCUGCCUACAGGACCCAAUAUGCAGGCAAGCGGAAGAACCAGUCCACAAGACCUGCCUACAGGACCUAUUUGCAGGCAAUGUUGGGCCGAGGGAAUGGAGAAUCAUCAAGAAAGAAGGAGGAGGAAGAAGUUCAUAGCAGACACAGACUGAUCCCUCUUGGAAGAAAGAUAUACGAGUUCUACAAUGCACCCAUAGUUAAGUUUUGGUUCUACACGUUGGCAUACAUCGGGUACCUGAUGCUAUUCAACUACAUUGUGCUAGUGAAGAUGGAUCGCUGGCCUUCUACACAGGAAUGGAUAGUUAUUUCCUAUAUUUUCACACUGGGAAUAGAGAAGAUGAGAGAGAUAUUGAUGUCAGAACCUGGGAAGCUGUUACAGAAGGUAAAAGUGUGGCUCCAAGAGUACUGGAAUGUUACAGACCUCAUAGCCAUUCUCCUGUUCUCAGUCGGAAUGAUACUUCGUCUGCAGGAUCAGCCAUUCAGGAGUGAUGGGCGAGUCAUAUACUGUGUUAACAUAAUUUACUGGUAUAUACGUUUGUUAGACAUCUUCGGCGUGAACAAAUAUUUGGGACCAUAUGUUAUGAUGAUUGGGAAAAUGAUGAUAGACAUGAUGUAUUUUGUCAUCAUUAUGUUGGUGGUUCUGAUGAGCUUUGGUGUCGCAAGGCAGGCAAUUCUUUUCCCCAAUGAAGAGCCUUCGUGGAAGCUGGCAAAGAACAUUUUUUACAUGCCCUAUUGGAUGAUCUAUGGGGAAGUGUUUGCAGACCAGAUAGACCCUCCCUGCGGCCAGAAUGAAACCAGAGAGGAUGGCAAAAUAAUCCAGCUGCCCCCCUGCAAGACAGGAGCAUGGAUCGUUCCCGCCAUCAUGGCAUGCUACCUCUUGGUUGCAAAUAUCCUUCUGGUGAACCUCCUCAUUGCUGUUUUUAACAACACAUUUUUUGAAGUCAAAUCUAUAUCCAACCAAGUGUGGAAAUUUCAGAGGUAUCAAUUAAUCAUGACAUUUCAUGAAAGGCCAGUCCUACCACCUCCUCUGAUUGUUUUCAGCCACAUGACUAUGAUUUUUCAACACCUCUGCUGCAGAUGGCGGAAACAUGAAAGUGACCAAGAUGAGAGAGACUAUGGACUAAAACUGUUCAUAACUGAAGAUGAACUAAAAAAAGUGCAUGAUUUUGAGGAGCAGUGCAUAGAAGAAUAUUUUAGAGAAAAGGAUGAUAGAUUCAAUUCUUCCAAUGAUGAAAGAAUCCGCGUCACUUCUGAAAGGGUAGAGAACAUGGCCAUGCGCCUGGAGGAGGUGAACGAACGAGAACAUUGUAUGAAGGCUUCACUUCAGACUGUAGAUGUCAGGCUUGCUCAGCUGGAGGAUGUGAUAGGACGAAUGGCUGCAGCCUUAGACAAGCUGACUGGUAUAGAGAGAGGGGAAACUACUAAGAUACGCUCUAGAACCUCCUCAGACUGCACAGAUGCAGCCUACAUUGUGAGACAGAGCAGCUUCAAUAGCCAGGAAGGGAACACUUACAAGCUUCAAGAGAGUAUAGAUCCUGCAGGAGAGGAGUCAAUGUCCCCAACCUCUCCUACCGUCACACCCCGUCUGCGAAGCCACUCUUUCUAUGCAGUGAAUAUGAAGGACAAAUGUGGGUUAGAAAGGUUGGAAAAUAUUUUUAAAGAAAAGUCUGUGAGCCUGCAUCGAGCGAGUAGCUCGCACUCUGUAUCAAAAGAAGCAAAAAUACCGUUAGCCCCUACAAGCACUUUGUCAAUUGCCCCAGACUCCAGAAGGCCUUCGUCUUGCAUAGAUAUUUAUGUUUCUGCCAUGGAUGAGUUGCAUUCUGGUAUAGAACCUCUCGACAGUUCAAUUAAUAUACUUGGUACCGGAGACCCAUCUCUGCAGGCUCAAAUAGCCUCUUCUGUUCUAGCAAACAGUGUGUAUAUUAGCAGUACUCCCAGUGACAGAAUUUCUGGCAGGAGCAUUGAUUGUGAGGAAACCUCUACAAUGGAAACACGAGUGUUUUCUUCAGACUAUUCACAUAGUACAGAUAGCCAAAACCUCUGGGAUUCAGACCCUCCUUUGUAUCAGACCUUAGAGCGAUCUAAAAGCAGUCGCUAUCUUGCUACUACCCCAUUUAUUCUGGAGGAAACCCCAAUCGUGAAGUCUCAUAGUUUUAUGUUCUCUCCUUCUCGGAGCUAUUUCAGCAGCCUUGGGGUGCCAGUCAAAACAGCAGAGUACACAAGUAUUACAGACUGCAUAGACACCAGAUGUGUCAGCGCUCCCCAGAAUAUUGCAGAAAGAUCCAGUUUUCCCGGAAAUCAUGGAGACAAAGUGGAGGACUUGGGAUGCUGCCACCCGGAGAGAGAAGCAGAGCUAAGCCACCCAAGCUCUGAUAAUGAGGAUAUUGAGGCCAAAGACAAAAAGGGGGCUUCCUUAUCUCCUCAAGAGAGCAGCACAGCAAGAACACUGUCCAACAACAUACCGCUUCCAAAAAUAGAGAGGGCCAACAGUUACUCAGCAGAUGAGUCCAGCAUGUUGUAUGCACACACAAGGAAAAGCUAUUCUAUCAGUGAUAAACUUGACAGGCAGCGUAACACAACGGGCCCACGAAAUCCAUUCCAGAGGAGUAAGUCAUCCAGGCCGGAGAGUAGAGGAGACAACUUGUCUAUGAGAAGACUGUCUAGAACAGGCGCUUUCCCUAGCUUUGAAAGCAAGCACAGCUAGACAUGCAUAACAGGAGGUCUAAGAGUCAUCUGCUCUCCAGUCCAUUUUCCUUAGCAGAAUAAAAUAACCUCACACCGUGAUAUGUCAACUAACGUCAGAGUCUGUCACUGGUCAGGUUAGCACUUUGUUAAUCUCAUUGUUGCACACUGAGUUACUGGAUCCUGACCAAGUUGAUAUUUGCACUUAAGGAAAGAGGGAGGGAGGAAAGCUUUAUAAACACUUAAAUUAAAAAAAAGAAAGGAAAAGAAAAAAACCAUCCUCACAAAGCCUUGAGUAGGUUCAGAAAUCUGCCUUUUACUAGAAGACAUCCUAGGAUUUCUGGUAAUUAUUCAUGAGUUUCUAGGACACAGGGCUAAAUUGGCAAAAAGAAAAGCAUACAAAUGAGACACUCUAAACUGAUUUCUUUUUACAUCAGUUCCAUCAUUGCAAUGACUGAGGAAAAGCAUCAUUGUAGUCUAUAGAAACAAGCUGUAAGCAAAUCCUAAAGCUCCUCCACUGCUGCAACUAAUCAUUGUAAAGAUAAACAAGGCAACAAUCAUAUAGUUCACCUGUCUCUUUUUGUAUUGAAUUCUAGUGCCACAAAGUGUUUAUAUUUUCAAGAUGGGAAAGGAAAAAGAACUGCCUUUUGUAUUGCAAUGUAAAUGAAGGAAGACUUUAUGUAAAAAAAAAAAAAAGAAAAAAAAAUUGUCAGGUGGUUUCCUGUACUAAACAGGCAUUGUGGUACAGUUGAGCCAAGCUCAGGAUGAAUGUAAUUAAGUGGAAUAGUAUAUAUUUAUUUUUUUACCACAUUUGUCAUCAAUAUAUUGUCUCAAUAAAUUAAAUGAUGUCAUGGAACAGUAAGAAUAAUGGGCUGAGAUGCUCAAAGCAGAUCAGGAGUGAUAUUUUCACUGUUCUUUGCAAAAUUUCCAUUUCUUGCAUUAAUUGUUUUCUGCCCUCCCAAAUUGCUACCAUGUUUUUCUUACUAUUCUACUGUCAAGCUGCUGAUUUUUCACAUCAUUCACCCAACACAAGCAUUAACAUUUUACUUAUUGAGACAGUUGUAUCUGAACACUCAAAACAUACCAUACAAAGUUCAUCAAGCAGUCUGAUUUCAGAUUACCAUUGUUUAAUGGAAAAUGGCAAAGUAUCUCAAAACAAUAAAAAAGAUUUUAGAGGUAAGCUAAAGCACCAAAGUGAAAGCCGUUAUGUGUUAACAACAAAAGUCAUUAGUUGCAAGUAUGCUUCCAUUAAAGAGCAAGAUAGAACAAACCACAACAUGCAUUUUAAUAAAAAUUCUGCCCUCAAUUGUGUGUAUGGGACCCCAAAUGAAGUCAGCAGUGAUACGUCCUAUGCAUCUGAGUGCAAAACCUUGUUCAUGAUGUUAAUAAGGUGUUUCAUACCCUUAUGAUAGCCAUCUCUUGGUCAUAUAAUGGAGCCUUAAAAAUAGUAAUUUUAUCACAAUUUCACAUC